AUCAUGAGAUCUGGUGCAUGCCGAGGUCCCCAGGCUUGCAAGCUCGAGCACAGGAGCUUGCGGUGUUCGGUGUGAUGGCAUUGACAGUAUAGGAGCAUGCGAGCUGCAGGAAAAUCGCGCUUUCGGAAGCGGUGAUGGACAUUGAAGGCAUCCGAGGCAGAUCGGAGAGAAAUGACGCGGUCCUGCGGCCGAACUCCCCACCCGCACGAUUGUGGUCACGAACAACGCUAUAUCCAGAGCGUGCCUGAGCAUCUGCACUCAAUUGUUGCAGGCCAUCAUGACUGCCAACGAGAAGCCCAAGGUCAUUCUAUACUGGCUCGAGAAGUCUCGAGCUCAAGGCAUCCUCUGGCUGCUAGACGAGCUCAAGAUCGACUAUGAGGUCCAGGUCUUCCGUCGUGAGCCGACCAUGUUUGCGCCAGCGGACCUGAAGAAAAUUCAUCCGCUCGGCAAGUCACCGCUUCUGUCCAUCACGCCGGCCGGCGCCAGUGAGCCCAUCAUUCUCGCCGAGAGCGGCAAUAUUGUACAGUAUCUCUGCGACCACUUUGGACAGGACACGACAAUGAAGCCCAAGCGGUACCGGGAGGGCCAGGAGGGCAAGGUCGGCGGAGAGACGGAGGAGUUCCUGCGCUGGCAGUACUUCCUCCAUUUCAACGAGGGCACGUACAUGGCUACAUUGGUCCAGACGAUGCUCAUCAACGCACUCAAGAGCAGCCAGAUCCCGUUCUUCAUCCGGCCCGUGACGAGCAUGGUUGCACGCCAGAUGUUCAGCAUUGCCAUCCUGCCCAACAUCAAAGCGCAGCUGGGCCUGCUCGAGGAGCGCCUUAAGACAUCAGGCGGCGACUAUCUGUGCGGCAGCAACCUCACUGCCGUCGAUGUCUUGCUCUGCUUCGGCCUGAUCAACGCCCGGAAUGCGUUUGGGACAAUGGGCGACUUUGGCGGUGAGCCGAGCUCGUUGUACCCCAAGCUGCACGAGUACAUUGCCCGUCUGGAGGCGCACCCCGGCUGGAAGAGAUCGAUUGACAAGAUCAGCGAGAUUGAUUCUGGCGCGGGCAUCUACUUCGCUGCGCCGAGCUGAACGGCCAGCCGGAUAGGCGGUGGCCCGCCGCUCGUGGCGUG